UUAGGACCAACUAAAGCAUGGUCACCAACCUUGACAAGUCCGCCAGUCAAGAUGAACAACAAGAUAACUCCCACGUGAGAACGCGAGUCGUGCCGCAUUAAGGAGUCUGUACCUUAUGUAACGUAAUUCGUCUGUCACUCUUUCAAGGUGCAAUCUAAUUCGUUCGUCGCUUUUUAACCCCUGUCACUUUCCGUACCUCUUUAGUUGACCCGCAGAUACUUAGGUCUAUGGGUACAGCUGAGUGCAGUAGCAAACUUUCUGGAUCAUUCUUUCCUCCCCGGUCCCUCUGAGAAGCCCCGGCAGAAUACCACUUUUCUGCCGUGAAGAGUCGGCCUACGAGACAGAUCACUCAUUAUGGAUAUCUGCAUUCAGAACGUCCCCAAGGAUGCUAGUCACAUUGAAUUGCAGACAGUCCUAAAAGACGAGCUACACAAGCUCGGCAUAUUGGCGUUCGAAGUCAAGAAGUGUUGUGAAUUUAAAGCGCGCCCCUUCGCUAUCCUUACGGUCGCAAAUGAAACCAACGGGAAGACCUUCCUGCAGCAUUACAGCGGCCGCGACAACCAGGCUUUGACCUUGCGCGGUGAACGUCUCAAGUUCAAACUGAGCAACAAACCCGGGCAACCCGACCCCAUAAAAAUAAAGACACUGUACGAGAAGGAAGCAGCAAUACGAACAAGACUAUCGAAACAAGCUCCCGAGCAGGUACAACGAUCAUCCCAAUUCACACUACCCUUCCAAACCCUCAUGACUGGUGUAUGGGACUACGAUCUGGUGGGAAAGCUCGUUUUCGACCAGAAAUUCAAGGAUACGAGGCAUGGGUACAUCACAUUUGGAAAGGCUGGACUGGUGAUAUAUCUUCAGCAAGGUGUACACGAAGAUUUCAGUUGGCAUUGCAGGGUUGACAUUGCAUACGCAAUUGUAGAGCAUGUGAUCACCUCGUUUGACAACGGUAGCCGUGGGACCAUGACUCUCACUCUAAAAUCGCCGCCAAAGUUCUACAGAAUUCGGUGGACAGACAGCACACAACUGUACUCUGGCAAAGAGAUACCUCAAACUGCACGCCAGAGGUUGAAACAAAACGGCAGAACCCGCAAACUUGAACGGCUCUGUUCUUUAAGGCGGUCAAAUACGAUGGGUUCAGCCUUAUGUAUGGUAUACCGAAUCGCAUUUUUCGAUACACAAACAGCCGUGUGUGCUGCGAAUAUUACCAAAGACGUCUCUAUACCCGAGAUGCAUUACUGGAAGACUAUGGUACCUGCCUACCGGACGGGAACGAUUGAGGCUGAGUUCAAGGAAGUCGAGGGCAUGUUAUCUAAAUCCGAUUGCUUGAUCCCGCAACAGUUCGACUUCCGCGUACGCUUCCAGUUGAUGGCACUUGUACUCGAAGGCAUCGUUACCCCACUGAAAAUGAAAGACAUGAUUCCGCACGUACAAGAGGCUGCCAAUGAACAUGGUUCCGAUCUCACUGCAGUUAGAAUUCGACACCUGAGGCAACAACUUCCCACACCAGCGCCAUACACAGAUGGAGGCAAUUUCAGUCUACGGAAGCUUCGCGGCGUACUCAUGGAGGGCGAUCAAGGCGGCCGAGGACGUGGAAUAGUCAAUCAAGACCUAGGCAAAGAACAGAGAGCCGGUAAUCAUCUUGCUUUGACGUACAAAGCUACAGUCACCCCAACAGGCAUCGUUUUGCGAGGUCCCGACUGGAGCGUGUCGAACCGCGUCCUUCAGAAGUACUCUAACUAUACAGAGUACUUUAUGAAGGUCUCCUUCGCAGAAGAAGAUGGGUCACCAGUGUUCCAUAAUACACAAGUUUCUCAGGGCCAGAUCUACGACCGCUUUCGUAGACUUCUUCUGGGUGGGAUCCCGGUUGCCGGACGCACCUUCGAAUUCCUCGGUUUCUCGCAGUCCUCACUUCGAUGUCAUCAAGCAUGGUUCGUGGCACCUUUUCAGGAGAAUGGUAACAUGCUUCACGCCAGAGAUAUCAUAAACAGCUUAGGAGACUUCUCUCAAAUCCACUGCAUCGCCAAAUGUGCAGCACGAAUAGGACAGGCGUUUUCAAACACUAUCUUCUCGAUCCCGAUCCCAAUCACUGCUUACGUUACCGAAACCGCAAAUGACGUCGAGAGGAACGGACGGUGCUUUUCGGAUGGGUGUGGAACUAUUUCCCAGGAUCUUCUGAGUAAAGUUUGGAAAGUACUUCCACCCGAGCUUAAGAAACAGAGACCUACAGUACUACAAAUCCGGUAUCGAGGCGCAAAAGGUGUCUUGUCACUAGACAGUUCCUUGCAUGGCGAACAAAUGCACAUCCGCAGAAGUAUGACAAAAUACACCGCCAAUAUGGGAUGGGGGGACCUAGAGCUUUGCUCUGCGGCGUACAGACCACUUCCUGUGUAUCUGAAUCAUCAGUCCAUCAAGAUCCUAGAAGAUCUUGGUGUGCCGAAAAAGAACUUCAAAUCAGUACAAAACGAGGCUAUAGGUACGCUCAAGCUCAUCACGGAAGACCCCUUGAACGCCGCUAGAUUCCUUGUACAAUCGCGCUCUACAGUAACUGCUAAAGUGCCAACACUGUUAGAGCGGAUGCAUCAGAUUGGACUAUCAUUUCAUGCAGACCGAUUUCUCACCAGUAUUGUCGAAGUAACAGCGAUUUCGAAACUCAGAGAACUCAAAUAUCGCGCUAGGAUACCAGUUACACAGGGAUAUCUGCUUUAUGGUAUUAUGGAUGAGACAAACACCUUGCGGGAGGGAGAGGUAUACAUUUCAACACAGGUUUGUGACACUAAUGGAAACUGGAGUAGAAGUACACUCUUGAAGGAUCGAGUUGUGGUCAUGAGGGCACCUGCCUUGCACCCUGGCGAUAUACAGCUCGUCACAGCAGUCGAUGUCCCGGCUGAAUCGCCCCUUCGAGCACUGCAUAGCUGUAUCGUCUUUUCCCAGCAAGGCUCACGGGAUCUUCCUUCGCAACUGAGUGGUGGUGACCUCGAUGGAGACUUGUUUCACAUAAUGUUUGAUGAGCGACUCGUCCCAAGUUUCACUGUGCCACCAGCAGAUUAUGCAUCGACACCAGCGAACGACCUCGGAAAGUCAAUAAGAGUCAACAACAUAGUCCAUUUCUUCAUCGAAUAUAUGCAUGUGGAUCCGCUAGGCCAGAUCUCCAACAAGCACAAGAUCACGGCUGAUUUGAAGCCUUCUGGCACUCACGAUCCUGAGUGUAUACGCUUAGCAAAGCUUGCAUCAGAUGCUGUCGACUUCCGUAAAUCUGGAAAUCCAGUUGAUAUGGGUCAGAUAACGCGUGGUGCAGACAACAUCAGACCGGACUUCAUGGGACCCGAAUCGAAUCUUGUAAUCAUCAAGCUUGGAGCAGCAGAGUUAGAGGGGCUCGAGCAGGAUGACCUCAACGAACCUGAUUUCAUCAGCGCCCCAGAUGUCAAAAAAGGAAGGACCAAUUAUUACCGAAGCAAGAAGAUACUUGGGGUCUUAUACCGUAGCAUCGAAGAGAGGAAGUUCUUUGAUAAGAUGAAGAGUGAUUUCGAAGCGUUCCGAAACGCUUGGGGCAGCGAGUCAUUGAUCCAAAAGCUCGAGAGCUAUCUCGACCGAGAGACGCACGGUAUUCACUGGAAUCGUUAUCAGGAGUUUGCCAAACAGCUUCGAGAAUGCUACGAAGAAAACAUGCUCGAGAUUAUGGACACGCUCCGUCCAUAUCGUGGCAAGCCUCUUACUGAGCUCGAGGUCUUCAGUGGUAACAUCUUGGGCAAGAAAGAGCAUGCAACUUCACGAUAUAUACGUGAAGCCAAUCUCGAGAUUCACGAGCGUUUCGACCGUGACGUCAGCGCAAUGAUCAAGAGGAUUGUCAGAGGCGAUGGGCCUUGGGAAGGUGACGAGGACGCAGAGACACUGCCGCGAGCUAUUGCUUGCUUCAAGGUCGCGUUAGAGAGCAAUGGAAGGAAGGGUUAUCAGAACCUGGAGAGCUGGAAGUACGUUGCUGCUGCAGUUUGUUUGGAGCACCUUCAGAAGUAUUGUGGCGGGAGCCUGAAUCGGCUUUGAAAUGCUUGCGCUUUGGACGGUUAACUUGCACCUCAUGAUUUAUUACUUUACUGUUAACGAUUCUGUCUGUGUCAGCGAUCAUACAACCGAGGCGUUUGAGCAAGGUGUAGUCUUCGGAUAUGAGCAUUUGGUGAGGAGUGUCUGUGAACA